AUGGCUUCGCCGCUCCCUGCCAGUAUAGGCUCUGUUGCCGUUGGCUCAGUUCCUCGCCUGCUACUUGCAUCCACAGUCGCUGCUCUUGUAUUCUACCUUGGCUUGGCCGUUCAACGGCUGUGGUUUCAUCCCCUUGCAAAGUACCCCGGGCCCCGUUUGGCAGCAAUCACCAAUGUCGGUCUCGUGCCCUUGGGAACGAGUCAUUCAGUGACUAAGCAGAUUAUACAGCUCCCAUAUUCCAUCGACUAUCUGAGCGGCCGACAGCCCUACCGCCUCCUAAAGCUGCACCAAAAAUACGGUUCGAUCGUCCGCAUUGCGCCCAAUGAGCUGUCCUUCAACACGGCGCAGUCCUGGAAAGACAUCUAUGGCCAACGCAAAGGACACAGCCCCUUCGUCAAAGCUCCUUUCUACGAUGGAAACAUGUUCUCCGACAUGGCCCACUCCAUCGCAAGCGAGUGCGACCCCGCAAAGCAUGCCGUGAUGCGGAAAUACCUCGCCAGCGCAUUUACCGAGCGGUCCUUGCGAGAGCAGGAAGCCAUCAUCGGCGGGCACGUGGACGCCUUCGUCUCCCGAGUUGGAGAGCUAGGAUUGGCCAAGGAAGGCAUUGACCUCACGCGCUGGUUCCACCUUCUCACCUUGGACAUCAUCGGAGACUUGGCCUUUGGCCAGUCUUUUGGGGGCAUCGAGUCCGGAAAGACGAACAGCUGGAUUGAGGCUGUCAUUGGAAGCAUGGGACAGUUCAUGUUGGCCGACACUUUCGGUCGGUUUCCCUGGAUCGGGAAGACACUGAUCACGCUGAACCGCGGCGCCGUGGAAAAGCUUCUUGCUUCGGCGAGAGAACACCAAGCGUUCACGGUGGAACUGAUCAAGAAGAGGCUUGCGCAAGAUACGGGCCGCAAAGACUUCAUCACAUGUCUGUUGGAUGGCGGAGAAAACCAAGAGCAAAUGUCUGAGAUUGAGCUGGCGGCUCAUUCUUCCGAUUUUGUCAUCGCUGGAAGUGAGACCACCGCUACAACGUUGGCGGUGGUGGUUUUCUACCUUUGCAAGGACCCGGCUCUCAUGGAAGAACUGCAGAGGGAGAUUCGCAGCUCUUUUGAUAGCUACGAUGCUAUCAACUCCACGAGUACCGCGCGGCUUCGUUACCUCCACGCUGUCUGCCAAGAGGCCUUGCGAAUCUGUCCGCCCGUGCCUCUCGGUCUUCCGAGAAUAGUUCCUCCGGGAGGUGACACGGUCGACGGCCAGUUCCUUCCUCACGGGACGGUGGUAUCAACCCACCCCCUUGCAGCCACCUUUUCAGAAUCAAACUUUGCCGAUCCGUGGAAGUUCGACCCGCAGAGGUGGCUCUCGCAAGAUAACCGAGAUUGCUUGGACGCCAGCCAGCCGUUUUCGCUGGGCUCGCGUGUUUGCAUCGGAAGAGCGCUCGGCCUUCUGGAGCUCCGCACCGUGUUAUCCAAGACACUUUUCAGAUACGACCUCAGCCUGGUGGAUCCGACACUCGAGUGGCACAGGGACGUGGAGAUGCAUGUGCUCUGGAAGAAGCCGGCGAUGAGGGUGAGAGUCCAGCCAGUUUGA